AUGCGUGGUGGUAACACCGCCGUGAAAAAAAGGCGGAAGCAUUUGGUCGAGUCAGGUACCCGGCAUAUGGAAGACGGGCUUGCGAUGCUGCACAACCAGAAGGAAAGCCGGGCCUCUUCGAGAACGUUCUGUUGUUGGAUGAGUCCGAGUCCCGACUGUGAAGAACAUAAGCUGGCCAACGAUAACCAUAUCGAAGUGGUGCCAUCUGAAGUCGUCAACGCUUCACCGCCACCAUCAACAACGUCUACUCCUUGUACAGGAAAAAACACUGCCCCUAAUUGUUGA